GAGGUGACAGAAGUAAAUCCUGAAAACUUGCCUAAAGAAUUCCUACCUGUAGAGGUGCCAGAAGUAAAUUCUGAAAAUAUGUCCCAAGAAUUGCUGCCCAUGGACUUGCCAGAAACACUCUAUUACAUGAAUCCAGGGAAGACUAUGAUGUCAUCAAAGGCAAAAGGACUAGAGGUAAGAAAAUGGCUUCAAAAAUUUGCUUCAGGUCCUCUGCAUUUGACAGAAAACAAAAUCCUGCUUUGUGAGCAUAAUGAAGACUCAGACUUUGAUUCUUUGAGAGAUGGUGGACCUCGAGAACAGAAAGAUGAAACUUCUGUGCCAGACAAAGGUGAUUUCAAGAUAGAAUCCUCUCCCUGCUACCUGUUGACCGUAAGGAUCAUCCGGAUGAGAAAUCUCCAGCGAGUGGAUGCCUUAAGCCAGGCUGAUUGCUAUGUCUCAUUGUGGCUGCCAACUGCGACAUGUGAAAAGUCACGCACUAAAACUGUGAGAAACUCCAACAAUCCAGUGUGGAAUGAAACCUUCUACUUCCGAAUCCAGAGUCAGGUCAAGAAUGUGCUGGAACUGACAGUGUAUGAUGAGGAUUUUGCUACUCCAGAUGACCAUCUCCUCUGUGCACUCUUUGAUACAGCUAAACUUCCGAUUGAAAGAACGGUGGUCCUGUACUUUAAGCCUAGCCCAAAUGCCAAGGAGGAGCUAGAGGUUGAAUUCAAAUUGGAGCCCGCUUCUGGUCCCCAUGAAACCAUUGCUACCAACGGAGUGCUGGUGUGUCGUGAACUUUGCUGCUUGGAAGUUGAAGUGGCAGAGAAGAUGAAGCAAAAAUCAACGAAAGAGCUUUCCCUCACUGUGAAGGGCUCCUUUGAGGGGACACAGGAUAUCACGCUGGGCCCCAACGGAGUGGUCAACCCAUCAUGUCCCACCAAGUUCCACUACAUCAAGUAUGCGGAGCCAACACUGGAUGUCAUGUUGCCAAAGAAGAGGCGCUACCACCCAUGGUCCUGUAAGUUCAGUACAGAGACGGGCUCCCCAGUCGUGAUGCUGAAUUCACUGCCCAUGGGAAGGAAAACGACCAUUGCAGAGGAGAAAAGAUUUGACUUAAAUGUGACAGCACAAACCUGUAAUUGUUCAUGCCACCAAGACCUGGACAUGCGCUUUGGGUUUGACUUGUGUUCAGAAGAGAGGGCUUUCCUGGGGAAAAGAAAGAGAUAUGUAGCAAGUGCCCUCAAAACUGUGUUUCACCUACCACAGGAACUGCAGGAUCAAGAGGUCCCCGUUGUGGCUAUCAUCACGACAGGUGGAGGACUGAAGUCAAUGACAGGAUUGUAUGGCAGCCUCAUGGGACUCAAGAAAUUAAAUCUCUUGGACUGUGUAACAUAUAUCAGUGGGCUGUCCGGCACCACAUGGACCAUGGCCAACUUAUACAGAGAUGCCUACUGGUCACAGAAGGACCUGGACUCGCAUAUUGGUGAAGCCCAGAAACAAGCAACUAAAUGCAAGAUGGGCUGUUUCUCUAUGGAUCGCAUGAAGUACUACAAUAAGCAGCUUUGUCAGCGGAAAGAAGAGGGAUACAGGACAUCAUUUAUAGAUCUUUGGGGUCUCAUGAUUGAGUACUUACUAAAUGAUGGGAAAGACCCUCACAAACUCUCAGAGCAGCAAGAAGCACUCUGUGAUGGCCAGAACCCACUGCCCAUCUAUGUGGCAGUCAGCGUCCGGGACAGUUACAGCACCAAUGAUUUCAAAGAGUGGGUGGAGUUCACCCCCUACGAGGUGGGACUUCUGAAGUACGGCGCGUUCGUUCGCACAGAGAAUUUUGGAAGUGAGUUCUUCAUGGGACGCUUGUUAAAAAAGCUCCCUGAAUCCCGCAUCUGCUACCUUCAAGGUAUGUGGAGCAGUAUAUUUUCUGUGAACCUGUUACAAAUAUGGGGACUUUCCCACAAUUCAGAGGACUUCUGGAAGAGAUGGACACAAGACAGAAUAGAAGAAGUUGAUGAAGACCCCGUGUUGCCCACAAGGCCCCAUGAGCUGAGGACUCGCAUGUACACGCCUCCUGGCCCCUUGUCCAGUGCCCUACGGGGAGCAUUGACAGAUCGUUUCUCCGUCGCCCAGCACCAUAACUUCCUGAAGGGCUACCAGCUGCAUAACAACUACAUGGAGAAUGAGCACUUUUGUCAAUGGAAAGACACUGUGUUAGACUCACGUCCCAACCAGCUGGUGCAAAAUCCUGAUCAACUGGGCAUGAUAGAUGCUGGAUUUUUCAUCAAUACCAGCAGUGCACCCCUUUUAAGGCCACAGAGGGAAGUAGAUGUCAUCAUAUAUCUAAGUUAUACGACUGGAUCACAUACAUCGUCUCUAGAUAAGGCGUGUAAAUACUACUCAGAGCAGAAAAUUCCAUUCCCAAAAAUUUCUUUGACUGACGAAGAUAAGAAAAAUCUGAAGGAGUGCUACCUCUUCCAUGAUUCAGAUUUGCCAGGAUGUCCGAUUGUGAUUUUUCUUCCCCUUGUGAAUGAUACUUUCCAAGAGUACAAAGCACCUGGUGUCAAGCGCUGUUGCUCAGAGAUGGAGGGAGGACAACUUGAUUUGACCAGCUGCUGUUCCCCCUACUGCAUGUUCUCGGUCAGGUACACCGAUGACAAUUACCGCAAGCUGCUGAAUCUCAGCGAAUACAAUAUCCUGAACAACUCUCAGAUGAUUAUGCAGGCCUUGCAGAUAGCAAUGCAAAGGAGAAGGCAGAAGAUGUGCUGAUCACCCAUCCAACUGCCCUUAUUUUCUCAGAGGGGUUUUUCAUGCUCUAGGACACAGAAGGACAUAGCUUUUUGAACACUGGCCAUUCUGCGCUACAGAAAGAAACUACCCCAGGUGGUGCAGUGGUUUGUUGAGAGUUUUUUUUAUUCCAAGAAGUGGCAUCUAUAGGCAAAGAUAUUGCCUGAGAAAUUUUUACAUAUGUUUUGUUCUCUAAAGUAAGAUUGUCUGUAGAACAUUCUUUAUUGGAAAUACUUGUUAGAUUUUAAAAAUAGAGUGUUUUAGGCCUAACUGAUUAUAGCAUGUGACAUAAAGGAAAAUAAUUUUUUACCACCAUAGUGCUGCAGUUAUGCAACGCAGCCAACACAUCUACAGGCCAUAAGAAGGGAGUAUAAACUUCUGCUCCCACAGUUCUUCUUCAUGGAACACAAGGUACAACCUGGAAAACAAAGAGAACCUGAGACACAACUGGAAGCUAGCGUUGGAUCCCUGGGUCAACUCUGUUUUGCGAGCGUCCCAAAGAGCAACCACAGAGGUUGGAAGGAGGAAGGAGGGACGAAUGUGUGAACACAGACAGCCCUAUGAAUUGCAUCCACAUCCUGGGCUCUCUUGGGCUGUGAAUGAAUCAUACGUGAUGGGAAGGAGCAACUUAGGAGGAAGUGGCAUAACACUUUUCACACAAUUUUUUUUUAAAGCAAAGGGUGUAAUUUGGGCACAUCAAAAUUUCCUGUGAAUUUAUGUCAGUUUUGUUUUGUACUGAGGCAGUAUAUAAAAUCUCAACAUUUUAUUUCAAAGUUUUCAAAAUAAAACACCCUUAAUUUUUUUUCCCAGUUGAAUUACAUUUUAUAUUAAAAUACCCUUCUUAAAUUAAAAAGAAAAGGUGCUUGAAAAUAUUUUACUUCCAAUAGAUAAUGAAAACUUUGUUGUCUUACUCAAUGCAAACAGUUUCGGACAUAUGCCUAUCAACAAAAUUGCUUAUUUGUUCAAUUCUGCCUGUACAAACUGUGUGGGAGUGAAUCAGUACUCUGCAGCAACUAAGACCAUCUUAAAACCAUCUGCACAAACCAUCCAUGGGAUCUAGCACAAGAUCAUAAAUAAUAUUUGUUGUAGUUUUGCAUUUUUAAACUUUCUUCCUCUUUCCUUUUAUGGAAAGUAUCUUUUUUGAACUGUUCUGAACUGUGCUGAGAGUGUAAAAACUAUAAAUCCAUAAUAACUUUCGCAUUCCAGGAGCAAGCAAAAUUAAAAAUACACUUUGUUGUCCUAGCCACAACUGCAAAAAUUUUGAAUAAAGAGUCUCUUCAGUAAAAAAAAAAAUCUAUCAACUAGAUGUUAUAAUCUGUGGCUAAAAUAAACCAGGUAAAAUGCUUAGGUAAGUUGAAACAUUUCAUGCUGAUAUUUUACAAAACAUCUUUGUUUUGAAACAUAAGUUCUUUUUAAUAGACUGCCUACCUCGUCAGCCCAGGGAACCCAACCUGAAAAUAACAGGUUUCAUUUACAGCCAAAUAAUAUGUUUGGCUUGUUGCAAAAUGACUCUCUGAGGAUUUUUGUUUUGGCAAGAAGCAAUGAAAAAUUAUCUUACAAAUUGGUUCACAAUGACUUUUGCCAACGCUUUUGUCAUUCAUGAUGUCAAACCAAACUUUAUGUUUUUGUGCAACUUUAGCCUAAUGUUACAAGCCUAAAGAUCACAGGAUAAAUAUUAACGUUCAAAACUUUAGGUUUUGAAUGACUCUGAACUUCUGCUGGUAUCUUUUUUGUUCUAUGGUAGUUUCACUAGUCAUAAUCAGAAAUAGGAUGCUAUGUGCUCUGCAUAUAACUCUGGGAAUUGCCUCCAUUUUUACUUGAAAAUCCUGUUGUGAAAAUAUAAACACAGUUUUUAGCCAUAAACU